GAUAUGCUCCUCGGAGAGUAUUCAGAAGUGGAUGAUGGUUGGAUGGAUAUAAUCUCUUCCCAAGGAUUAUCCUUACUCUCUCUUGACAUUUCAAGCUCUCAGAUCACAGACGGUUCAUUGUUUCUCCUCAAGAAUUGUCCAAACCUCGAGUCUUUGACUCUUGAUUGUUGUGAUCAAAUCACUGAAAAUGGGCUAAUGCAAGUCUGCGGCUUCCGGAACUUGACAUAUUUGGGAAUUAAAAACAACGCGACAGUUACUGCUGAGCGAAUGCAGUUUCUUUCUAGCUUAGUUAAUUUGGUUAAGUUGGAGUUUGAGAAGUGCCCUCGCCUCCAUGGAGGACUUGUUCAUAUCGAAGGUUUAACUAGACUUGAUAGUCUAAACAUCAGAUGCUGUGAAUGCAUAGUGGAUUCAGACAUGAAGUCUCUUGCGGGACUUGUCAAUUUGAAGGAGCUGCAGACUUCCUGUGUCAACAUAACAGAUGCUGGGGUGUUGUAUUUGAAAGGUUUGAGCAAGCUUGUUUUGCUAAACAUGGAGGGAUGCCACAUUACUGCUGCAUGUUUGGAUUAUCUUUCAGAACUUGGUUCACUUCAGCAUCUCAACCUAGGUAGGACCUCCCUGAAGGAUGCAGGCUGCGAGAAAUUUUCAUCACUGAAAAAUUUGAAGGUGUUAAACAUAGGAAAUAACAAUAUCAGUGAUGAAUGUUUGGCCCAUCUACAAGGGCUAACAAAGAUAGAGAGCCUGAACUUGGAUUGUUGUAGGAUUGGAGAUGAUGGGCUACGCAAUUUAGCAGGCCUUACUAACUUGAGAAAUUUGGAGCUAUCAGAUAAUAAAAUCGACAGUAAUGGCAUUCGUCACCUCUUAGGCUUGAUCAAUUUGGAGGAUCUUAAUCUGUCAUUCACCUUAGUGACAGAUGAGGGUUUGGAAAACUUGUCUGGAUUGAGGUGUCUGAAGUCACUUAAUCUGGACAUUCGUCAUAUUACUGACUCGGGUGUUGCUGCACUUACUGAUGCAGGGUUAACUGGAAUAACUCACCUUGACCUUUUUGGAGCUCAAAUAACAGAUUCCGGGACAAAAUAUUUUCCAUAUUUCAAAAAUCUACAGUCACUAGACGUUUGUGGGGGCGGGCUAACAGAUGAUGGCACCAAAAUUAUGAAACAUCUUUCUACCUUGAUGAUGCUAAACCUAUCACAGAACCUCAGCCUCACAGACAAGACAUUAGAACACUUGUCAGGACUUACAGAGUUGGUGUCUUUAAAUGUAUCGACUUCUGGUGUUACGAACGAAGGCCUGCAGCAUCUCAAGUCUUUAAAGAAUCUGCGCUCCCUUUCUUUAGACUGUUGCAGUGUGACAGGGAAGGAGCUUAAGAAGCUUCAGUUGAGUGCCCUUCCGAACCUCAUGAAAUUUUGCCCAGAGGUCUAAGGGUAUUUCGGUUAGGUGUUCUUGUUCCCACGUUGAGCAGCUUUGGUACAGUGAAAUUGUUAUAGAAUUAUAGAUGAACAGAAAAUAAUGGCGAAAUGCUCAACCAUAUGUGAAUAAUAGACUCCCUCUAUCCCAUAACUAUAGUCCCACUUGGAUUUCACACAAAUUUAGUCAACUUUUUUUAAAGUGUGUUUGACCUUCCAAAUUUUCCAGUGAAAUGAUAGCGUGAGAGACUGAGAGAGUGUAAUGUGUUUAAUGAAGGUGAGAAUAGAUG